AGAGGGGGGGCAGAACAAUAGCAUCAUUCCGGCAUAAAAAGAGUGGAGCUAUGCCUUAGAGACGAAAACAUUUCAGGAACAGAAGGAUCGAAAUACAGGGGAGAUUAAGUCCCACACGCUUCUGUGUUGCCAUAUUUUGAACCAACCUGGAUCCUCGAGACAUCAUUCACCUCCCCGAAGUGCCUUUCAGCAGCGACUCGCCAACAUGCCCAAAGGCUUCCUGGUAAAAAGAAACAAGAAAUCGGCACACGUUUCCUACAGGACGCGCCCAGACGAGGAUGACCUCCAGGAGCCUCCCACCCCAGCUGCCUUGCCGAGUCAGGCUGACCCCUCCCCGCCACUGUCCGUGGCGUCCAGUCCAGACCGCGCGGAUUUCACAGCAGCUGAUGCGCCCGUGCCAAGACUGGAGAAACCGGCGCAGUUCGGCAACCCGGAGACGGCGUGCCAAGCCCUGUACAGCCCCACCCGGCCAAUCAGCAAGGAGCACGACCGGGGCUAUUUUGAGCGAAGUUUCAAUCUAGGUUCGCCGAUAUCUGCAGAGUCAUUCCCUACACCCGCGUCACUCUCCGGCCUGGACAACAUUCUCUACGCUCCAGUUGAUCUAAAAAUCGGCACCAGCAACAGCAGCCGCAGCGGCACCACCUCAUCCACCAGCAGUAGCAGCAGUAGCAGCCUCCCAGCACCAAACAACCGCCUAGCCACCAAAAGACCCGCUGAGGCCACGGAGCGCAAACCCAAACCCGCUGCCAAAAAACCCAAAGCCAUCAGAAAGCUCAACUUCGAGGACGAGGUGACGACCUCUCCGGUGCUGGGGCUCAAAAUCAAAGAGGGCCCCGUGGAGAUGAAACCACGGUCACUGUCUGUGGCGGGAAACAAACCGUUAGGGGAGUUUGUGUGUCAGCUUUGCAAAGAAGCGUACGCGGAUCCAUUCUCUCUCGCACAACACAAAUGCUCUCGCAUUGUGCGUGUCGAGUACCGCUGUCCGGAGUGUGACAAGAUGUUUAGCUGCCCGGCCAAUCUCGCCUCUCAUCGCCGCUGGCACAAACCACGGGCCGCUGCCACGGGGGCAUCUGCACUGCCCCCUGCACACGGAAUCAAAUCUGACAUGGCCAAAACGCCUCCCCUGGGUGUCAAGUCUGAUGAAGCCAAAGACACAAGUGACAGAGACACCCCCAGUCCAGGUCUGUCUGAGUCCGGGUCUGAAGACGGCGCGUACGACUGUCAGUUCUGCGGGAAGAGGUUCAAGCGCCAGGCAUACCUAAGAAAACACAUCAUGGGACAUCAGGCCCUGCAGAAGAAAGUGCUGGAGGACUUUCAGACGGCCGAGCGCGCAGCAGAGCAGCCCCCCAUGCCCUCCUCUUCCUCCUCAGAGGAAGCGUCAAACCAAAGCCCCCUCAACCUGAGCCCAGUGGACUGCCUACUGUGUCCCGUGUGUGGGGAGAGUUUCACCAGCAGGGCUGGCCAGGAGAGACACCUGCGCCUCAUGCACUCAUCCCAGAUUUACCCGUGCAAAUACUGCCCCGCCACGCUCUACAGCUCACCGGGUCUCACCAGGCACAUAAACAAGUGCCACCCCUCGGAGAACAGGCAGGUCAUCCUGCUGCAGAUGCCGGUGCGCCCAGCCUGCUAGAGACAACACUCAACUCGUGCCUUUGAAGCAGAAAAAGCAAACAAAAGUGGGAUGAGAGAGUCUGUGAUGCUCACUGCCAUAACUUUAGGCCAAUGAAAGGCAGGGCGGAUGAUGUAGCCUAGUCGGUUUCUUUUUCAUUCCAAUCAGUGAUUGUCGAAUGCUUCUCUCUAAUUACAUAUAGGCCUAUUUUGAGAUUUUCAUUCUCAAAUUAGUUUAUCAAGUUAAAAUACAAAGCGUUAGUUUGACUGUUGAAGGGUAUUUUUCUAGAACAGCACGUGUGCUCAAUGAUAGCUUCUAGACCUAAGAAAUGUCUUAAAAUCUCAGUAACCUUUUUCCCAUCAAAGCCUUUGAAUUCACCGACCGUGAUUGCUCUCGUGCAGCUUUACGCUUGUUUGUGAAUGACAGAACUUUACUUUGUGUGGUGGAGAAGCGCGACUGAACAUUCCCUGCUAAGUAGAACCACAAAUGCCUUUAGUAUCAAUGCCUAGUGACAUAGUCUACAUACACACCCAAAUCCCGCUGUACAACUGCCUUAAACAAGUCCACUUAGAUGAUCUCAUUUGAAUGCUGGCACAUAUUUUAUUAUGGAAGAUUGUUGCAAUAUUUUUCAUCAUAAGUUUAUUUAUUUAUUUAUUCUAAUUAUUUUAUGUAACUUAUUGUUGUGUUUGUUGUGAUUUCUGUGAAUCGUCAUGGCAGUUUACAUGUCGUAUAGCCAAAAUGUUUUUUGUUUUUUUUUCUUUCUUUUUUGUCAAACUUAUGAGUUGUGCUCAAUGUCGUGGGUCGGGUUUAAAUCUUCAAUCUUCACAGCUCUUGUAAAAAAAAGAAAAAAAACGUAAAGCUCUUACCUUAGAUGCAAUCUUUUUUAAGGAUAAGUUAUUUUCCUAAAUGUUGGCUUUUAUAGCGCUUUGA